AUGCCCUCGGCUUUGACUGUCACCUUUGUGCAGGCAACCAUUCUCAAUGCCAUCUCCAAUAUUCUCGCUCAGCUGAUCGACCAGCGCAAUAACAAAGGCCCUUUCACUCUCAAUUUACUUGCAUUGGCGCAAUUUCUCAUCUAUGGCAUUAUCAUUGUACCGCCUAAUUUCUAUUGGCAACGCGCCCUGGAAGCGCGAUACCCGGGCUUCCCCUCGCGCGCCGAGUUCAAAGAUGCAUUCAGUGCUCGCCGGCUGAAGUCACUCUUCUCACCUCGUGCAUGGCUGUCACUGUUCUCCUCCAAGCACGAUGUCUCAUUACCUAGCCACGACAAGGAGAAAGAGAAGCACGCCCGAUGGACACCGCGAGCGCAGACAUCGGGAUUGCGUUGCUUCCUGAUGAAGUUUUUCUUCGACCAAACCUUGGCAUCAAUCACCAACAUCGUGUUAUUUGUUGCUAUCAUCAAUCUUCUCAAAGGAGAGAAUCUGUCCAAGACCUGGGAGUUAGUGGUACUGGACUUCAAACCCAUCAUGAGUGCUCGUCUUAAGUAUCGACCGAUUGUAUCCGCUUUGAUGUACACAGUGAUCCCUGUGGACCGACGGGUGGUGUUUGGGAGUGCUUGUGGGGUGAUCUGGGGUGUCUAUCUGAGUCUAUAUGCAGUUGUUUAG